AUGGCAAAUAUCAGACCAUUUACUGUCCAAAUUUCCGACAUUCUUCUUGAGGAAGUCAAAGCGAAGCUCAAGAUCGCUCGUCUCGAUGAGCGCAUGGGUGAGGUGGAAUGGAACGACCUAGAGAUUGGGCAUGCCGAAUUCAAGCAACUUCUGGAAUUCUGGCGCGAAGAGUAUGACUGGAGAAAAUUCGAAAGCUUCCUGAAUACGUUUCAUCAUUUCAAAACGCCGAUACAAAUUCCUGGUUUUGAGGCAUUGGAAAUUCAUUUUCUGCAUCAUCCAUCGUCACGGGCGGAUGCGAUUCCUUUACUAUUUGUUCACGGAUGGCCUGGGUCAUUUCUCGAGUCACUGAAGAUUUUACCAUUGCUCACGGACCCUCCAGAAGGACGGCAAGCUUUCCAUGUCAUGGUACUAGGGAUCCACAUAAACAUGUUCCUAGCGCUUCCGCCCAGUCCAGAAAUCUCAGCUGAGAAGUUCCAGCGGUACCAGAGGAUGGAUUAUGAUACGCAAGAGCUAGAGAACUUGGAGAGGACAAGAUGGUUUGCGCAUAAUGAACGCGGAUAUCAGCGAGUCCAAGAGACAAAGAAUGUGACGCUCGGUUACGCGUUACAUGACUCCCCCGUCGGCAUGCUGGCCUGGCUAGUGGGUAAACUAAAGGCAUGGACUGACGACUACCCUUGGACAAAAGAAGAACUCAUUCAUUGGACAUUCAUGCACUAUCAAGGAAGCCCGUGUGCAGCAAUGCAAAUUUAUAAGGAGGCAGAGGCAGUCUUGAACGAAAACAGAAACAGUAUGUUAGGCAGAUACAUAACCCAGCCCGUCGGUUGUUCGGUUUACCCAAAGGAGCUGUGGUUAUAUCCUCGUGACUGGAUGAGCGAGACAUGCAACAUUCAGUUUUGGAAGCAACAUAAAUCCGGGGGGCAUUUCAUUGCGUGGGAACGACCAGAGGCCUUGGUGGCGGAUAUUGCAGAAUUCUUCGACAAGGAAGGACCAGUCUUCAAGAACGGUGGAAGCCAUGGCUGA